AUGCAGAAUGCCACCUUCCUGGAGCCGCACCUUCAAGGCGUGAGACGCCGAGACAGCCGAAGCUCGGACUCCGAUCACGAUGAGCGUUCCACAGAAGAUGACGAACGCUCCCUUCUGCGUAGUUCGCCGCGGGUUAGGCUGCCCCCGCCCCCGCCUCCCCCGCCCGAUGACGAGCCCCCGCCGAUGAAGCCGCGGGAGUACUUCGAGCGACUGCAGAGCCAAGCUAUGAGAGAGGCCCAGGAUCGCAAGCCGAGACGAGAGACUAAAGACCCCAGCCAGCUGUUCAGACCUGUCGACGCCGACGGCAGCCUAGGCGACAGCCUGAGUCAGAGUCGUGAAAGCCUGUCAUCGGACGGCGAGGGCGCUCGAGGGGACUGCUCGUCUGUUGGCUCUUCAGGGUCAGGAUCUGAGGAACAGCCGCCAUGCGACAUUGGACUGUUGGAGCGUUUGAUAAGGACCCACCCGGUUUGGUUCCUACCCGGCAUACAGAGGGCGGGUGCGUUCCAUUUGCUGCAGGGAAAGGAAGAAGGGAAUUUCGUCGUCCGUCAAUCUAGCCAGCCGGACACGAUGGCGAUAAGCGUCCGCCUUCCGGCCGACAAGGGACCGUACAUCGAACAUUACCUCAUCCAAGCCUCAGGUGGUCGUAUCGGCCUAGAGACAUCGCACAACCGCUUCGACAAUAUCCCAGAGCUGAUCGCACAUUACUCGCAGUGCUGCGAUGAAUUACCCGUUCAACUGCAAUUGCCUCGGCCAUUGCGAGAGGCUAAAAGCCGACAACAGCUCAGUUCCCUCACGUUGCUUGGUCAAGAAUUCUGGGGUUAUCCAAUGGCCAACCCUAAAAAUAACACGCAGAAUCUUCUGUCACCGUGCCAACUAGCUAACGGUGUCGUCCCAAUGGCUGUUACACCGUCUGAUACUGGAUCUAGUCUGAGCAGUUUUAAUGCAAGCACGAGCGCAAUAUCUCGUGAACGAGUAUUUAGUCCAGAUAAGGAUCAAAACGUCGUAUUGAAAAUGUCGCCAGUCGACGCGUCCGAGUCCCCACCGAGUCAAAGUCAAAGCCUCAGCACGUUUAAAGGGAGAACCGCCCCUUCGCCGCCAGCGAAGCCAAGCGGAAACUUUGUGAGAGCGCCUAGACCAACCCCACCAAACACGCUAAACCUCAUAUCAAGUACAGCUCUUAUCACACAACCGCACACAUUUCCCACAGUGAACACACAACAUUCCCCCACACAUACGACCAGUGCAAAGACAACACCGCCUCCGCCGCCACCGAGAUGGGCGAAACCGCCCUUUUCGAAGAUGUCUCUAUCACCAAAGUCAGAGAUGCAUUUAUUCAGCCCCAUCAACAGGUCGACACAGAAUGGCAUCGUCAUAGCCACGAUGACAACACCAGUCAGUGUCAACAACGCACACUUUCACAAUAACCACACAAAUGGGAGCACACACAACGAUCGGUCGCAACUAACGCUUUCGUCUAAUGCCGCCAACAAUAACAGUAACGCCGCCAACAAUAAUAGUAACGCCGCCACUCCAUUCAAUAUGGACGCAGUCAAAAGCUUUGCAGAAUCUAACGGGGAUGCACAGAAUAUGACGCAACGUCUGUCACCAGAGGGGGAGUGUGGCAAAACCAUAACGAGUAGCUUAAACGGGAACUUUAAAAGGCAAGCGGUCGAACAGAACACCACCGAACCCGGUUCGCCGGUAGAGUCGCAUUCACAGAACACCUCGGAGUCUGUAGAUCCAAUUUGCAAUUCAUUAACCAAAUCAAGCAGCUUCGCCCCCAAUCAAUUAGUAUCACCGAACGGUACAAAUUCCGUUACCAGCGGGAUUUUCUCCCCAACAAGUCAAAUCAAUUCACCAGUGUCUAAUGACACGAUAUCCUCUAAAAGUGGGGUGUUUUCUCCAUCCAGUCAGACUAACAAGAGCGAGGUCUUCUCACCGGUGUCUAGAAGUUCACCAGUUUCUAAUAAGAACGUGUUCUCGCCCACUUCGAACCAAAGCAUCACCUCCCCUAUGACAGGCAAGGCCAGAGAUAAAAUUCUUUCGCCAAAUACAAACACGACGAGUACCACGCCAUCUGGUAGAUCAAGGAGAAGUAAACACUCCCUACGAAAGGAGUCCAGGCAUUAUCAGGAAUCAGAUAUACUAGAGUCACCUGGCGUGUAUUAUAGGAGCUCUUUAAUUGACAAAGUCAGUGAUUACGAAGAUAUUUGGGGACCAGAGAGCAAUAAUUGCUCUACUUUUAAACCGAUGAAAUCAGAAAAUGAUCAUAAUGUAAACAACGGUUUAAUGAGAAGCAAAAGACCAGAUCUUUUGCCAGACACAUUGCCAAAAUUAAAUGCUACUAAAAGCACUCAGUCGAUAUUAGAAAAGGAAAAUAUUCAGCUAAUCAACUCAACUGAGAGUCUUAUCGAGAAGAAAAAUCUCUCCGAUAGCUCGCUUAAGAAGAGUUUCAACGGUUCCUGUGAAAUAAUUGCCACAACCAAUAGCAAAGGGGAGAUUGUUCCGAAAAGACCUGACAAACUUAACAUCGUUUUAAACAUGAACAAGAAGCUAACUGAAGAAAUCGAAGCGGCACUUAAAAAUAGAGAGAAUUAUCGGACUGAAAGUAUGGAGACUGUUAAAUUAGAAGAUAUUUGUGCAAAAGAUCAAAAUACUGACGAUUCGGAAAAAGACAAUACCGGGAGUCCUUUUUAUGCCGAUCCUGUCGACGCUUUGAAAGAAGCUGCCUUACCGCCCGUACAACGAAGGAAACUAUUACGAGUAGGGGUUAACGUCUCUCAGAGGUACUCCGAACCGCCAAACCAAAAUCAUCCAUACUAUCCCCUCAGGGAUAUGCACAGCAUUGAGGAACUGUCACCCUCGUCGCCUAAUACCUCAACUUCGGUGGACAACCUUGUGUCGUUGCGGAGCAAACCGAAAAUGCGUCCAGUUGAGCCGCCGAGGGUUAACAAUAAACCGCCAACCGGUAAAGCCGACCAACCGUGGGCCGUAGAUUCCAGCUGGCAGUUUAUAAACAAGAACGACGAGAGCUCGAACAGUGAGAACGGCACUUUCCCAUCGCUGGCCGAACAAGAGACAAGACUGGGCGGCGUUGACGAGGGGGUACAACAUCUGACCGUACACCAAGUUGUAGCGCAAAAGUUUCCUGAACUUAGACUUAAUUCUGAACCGGUCGCGUUGCCCGAAGAAGUGCGUUCGCCGCCGCGCGCCUCUUGUUACGACAACGUUCACGACCUCAGACCUGUUUCUGAACAGGCGAGUGACGAUGGCACAGUCUUCUCAGAGCCCUGGGACAGUUCCCAGUGGGAUGGCCUUAUACCACCGAGUAAUGGACAGCAAGCCUACGAGAUUGACGAACCUUGCGAGUGGGAUUCACCAGUGCCAAGAAGGGGGCCCACUGGAGUGUCGCGAUCGAAGAGCUUCAGAGACCGUCUAGAUCCCUUACUAGGAAAGUGCGCGAAGGUGACUAAUACAGAGACUAAAAGGCCGCCCGAAUCUCGGAAGGACCGAGCGCAGAAACCGAAAACAGGGGCCAACCAGGUCCCCGAAGCACUGCAAAGGGUUCCUCGGGUCCCCGUAGCACUGCAAAGGGUUCCUCAGGUCCCCGAAGCACUCCAUAGGGCUCCUCAGGUCCCGGAAGUGCCGAUAUCGCCCCGGGGCGACGAAGUGUUCGCGCUGACGACGAUAAAAAACUUCCGUUGCGACAACCUCACCGAGUUCGUCCUGGAGAGUGAUUGGGUGUUCGUUACCAGGGAGAAAUUACUAGAGCCCGGUUUCCAACAGCAUCUGGCGAAGAAGGAGUCGUUAACAAGAUUGUGCAAGGUGCUUAGAAAGAGGGGUGCUAAUAAGAAACUAGUGGAGGUCGUGGCGAAGCCUCCGGACUGCCAUUGCAGGGAUUUGUGCGAGGAAGAAGUUGAAAUGGAACGACGGAAGAAUCCAUUGCGUCGAUUCAUAGAUGCAAUUAGUAGCAUUUGGAGGCGUCUGUAUAAAAGAAUUAAAACAUGCCUUAAAUGUACCCAUUCUGAAAUUAUCGAGGUGCCUAAACAACAAGAUGAAAAUUUCGAUUUCACUCAAUCGUAUCUGUCAGCGGCGGGGCGGGUGCGCGCCCUCCGCGGCGGCCGCACCUCGAGGGGCGCCGGCGCGGCCUUGAGGGCGUACGCUUUGCAUCUAGCGCAAGACAAGAGCACAACGUUCGCGCAGAACGUGGACAAUUUCAUCGCUUGCACGUUGGACUCGAAGGAGACCUGCCCACAGAUAAUGAUGCGGAACAUGAGACAAUUUAUGUCCGGCAUGAAGAAUUAUCUUGUUAAACAUGGAGAAAGAGAGUUCGAGAAAGAAGUGGAAAAAGAAAGAUUAAAGCUGAAGCCGACGGAGUUCCUGAACCUAGACGCGAUCCUCGAGGGGGUCAUGCACCGGCUAGUGGUGCGUCCGCUGCGCGGGCGGCUGUACUCGCAGCUGGCGGCGUGGCACGCGCCCGACCUCCGCCGCUUGCACGCCGCUAUCGAGCGGGCGCAGCACGCCACCCCCCUCCAGCUGGGCGUGAAGGAAUCGACUAAAGUGCCGUCGUCAGCUGUCUUGGCAGUGAUCUCAAAACAUUUCCUUAAAAUGCAAGAAGCUGACUCGCCAUUGGACAAACUUGAAAAUCUCCUGGCAGCUAUUUCUGUUAUGUUUAAUGCGAUGCGGGGCGAGCGCGCCGUCGGCGCGGACGACCUGCUGCCGGUGCUCGCGUGGACGGUGGCCCGGUGCCGGCUGGUCUGCGCCGAGCUGGAGGCGGAGCUGAUGGCCGGGCUGCUGCCGCCGGCGCUGCUGGCCGGCGAGGGCGGUUACUACCUCACCGCGCUGUUCUCCGCGGUGGCCGUGCUGAAGCGGCUCGCGCCUGAGCCGCCGCCGGACGUCGACGCGCCGUGGCGGCGCGGCUCGUGCGCGCAGGCGUGCCGCGGCGCGGCGGUGGUGCGCGUGGCGCUGCCGGACGAGUGCCGCGGCUCGAUCCGGCGCGUGGCGCUGCCGUGCCGGCCGGGCGCGCGCGCGCGCGACCUCUGCCGCGCUCUGGCGCACGCCGCCCACAUCACCAACCCGCAGGACUACGCGCUCUUCGCGCUGCACGACGGACAGGAAACAAUGCUGAACGAGAACGACUGCCCUCAAGAGGUCAUGUCAGAGAAAAGUGGUCAAAACUUCAUACUAGCUUAUAAGAGAAUAGACGCUAAAAUCGCAUGGCCACAACAGGCACUGCUGUCUUACCCA